AUGUCAUCUCCGGGCAUGGGUACCCCCAGCGACCCCCUCCUGGCCAGUCCUGGCGUGGGGAGGCUACCUUCUGUUCAGGACGGUCUUUGGAGGAGCUCGCUACCUAAAACGGCCAGUUUCCCGACGUCCUCCAUCCGACUCCUCAGUCACCGUGCCAACAACUUCCAACGACAGCCCAAGCGGCAGAAAUUGAUUCGACCUUCGCCGCCUCCGCCGCCCAACACGCCAUGUCCCUUGGACCGGCUGGACCUCAGCGAGCUGCCACCAAGACGGGCCUUCCAGGAACUGCUUUUCAACGGGUGCAUUCUGUUUGGGAUUGAAUUCAGCUACGCCAUGGAGACUGCUUACGUGACGCCCGUGCUUCUGCAGAUGGGCCUGCCAGAUCAGUUCUACAGCUUGGUGUGGUUCAUCAGCCCCAUACUGGGAUUCCUGGUUCAGCCUCUUAUUGGAGCGUGGAGUGACCGAUGCACAUCCCGGUUUGGACGCAGGAGACCGUUCAUUUUCGCAUUAGCCAUAGGGGCGCUGGUCGGUCUGACUCUGGUGCUCAAUGGACGGGACAUUGGAGGAGCACUGGCAGACACAGCUUCCAAUCAUAAAUGGGGCAUAAUCCUGACAGUGUGCGGUGUAGUCUUGAUGGACUUCAGCGCAGAUUCAGCAGACAACCCAAGUCACGCCUAUAUGAUGGACGUGUGCAGCCCGGAGGACCAGGACCGGGGGUUGAACAUCCACGCUUUGCUGGCAGGACUCGGGGGUGGCUUUGGGUACAUUGUGGGCGGCAUCAACUGGGAUCAAACCCACUUUGGAAAGUCAAUGGGAGGUCAGCUUCGGGUUAUCUAUAUGUUCACCAGCAUCACACUGGUGAUCGCUACAGCCAUGACUCUUACGAGUAUUCCCGAGCGACCGUUGACAAAGAGCCAGCCCCCCGGGAAAAACCACCUGAAGAGCCCCAACCUUCUCCUUCCUCCCUCGCCGCCUGCGCCGCCGGGAUCUGCACUGGCUGUGGAUGAAGAGGACGAGGAAGGUCACUACAGCUAUUAUUUGUCAAAGUCGAGCCACCCAGAUCCUUUGGCGCAUUCCUGCAGUGCUAACGCUCGUCUCUGCGCUGGACUCACUAGCCCCAUAUCACCUAUAAGCCCCCUUACGCCAAAAUACGGCAGCUUCAUAAGUCGGGACAACUCAAUGACUGGCAUCAAUGAAUUUGCCUCCUCACUGGGGACAUCCUACAUAGACAGCAUUCUUAUAGACUGCUACACAGGGCAACAGACACCACAGGAUGUUUUAGCCCCCAACUCUAUUCCCAUGCCUCCGGGUGACUCCCCUGCACUAGAAGGGUCCGCCCAGACAGAGAGGGAACGUGAUGGGGUCUGUCAUUCAGACACAGAGGGUGACCCGCAGUCCCAACCAGCAUCUCAGGUUAUAUCAGCGGCGGAAACUGGUCCAGUGCUACGACGGGGCUCUACUGCCGGAAUCUUAAAAAGACCGCAGAGUCUGGCACUCAUGGAGGAGCCCAUGGCGACCCAGAUAGUCGGGCUGGAGAACGGACGUAGGAGAACUGUGACGUUCAGCCAGCAGGUUGCAAACAUUUUGCUGAACGGCGUGCGUUACGAAAGCGAUCUCAGUGAAAAUACGGAAACGGGAGAAUCCCAGAUGUCAAUGAAACUCUUGUGUAUAGCCAUCUACCGAAUGCCUCCCUCUCUUCGCAGCUUAUGCACUAACCAUUUUCUGGGCUGGCUGUCCUUCGAAGGCAUGCUGCUUUUCUACACAGAUUUUAUGGGAGAGGUUGUAUUCGAGGGAGACCCCAAAGCUCCCCACGACUCUGAGGCCUACCAGCGCUACAAUGCUGGGGUCAGCAUGGGCUGCUGGGGCAUGUGUAUCUAUGCAUUCAGUGCUGCUUUUUACUCAGCCAUAUUGGAAAAACUAGAGGAGCGUUUCUCCCUACGCACACUCUACUUUUUCGCCUACCUGGCUUUCGGCCUGGGCACGGGUUUGGCUACGCUAUCCACAAACCUUUACGUGGUGCUGUCCCUGUGCGUCACUUAUGGUGUGCUUUUCUCUUCGCUAUGCACACUGCCUUACUCUCUGCUGUGUGAAUACUACCAAAGCCCUCAGUUCUGUGGGUCAUCAGAGGAGGGAACCCGACGCGGUAUGGGGGUGGACAUCUCGCUUUUGAGCUGCCAGUACUUCCUAGCUCAGAUCCUGGUGUCAGUGGCGAUGGGACCCCUGACGUCGCUGGUUGGCGGCGCGCAGGGGGUGAUGUACUUUGCCAGCCUGAUGUCGUUUGUGGGCUGCGCGUAUUCGUCUCUCUGCGUUGUGUACCAGCUGCCCGCCGCGGAGGGUGAGCCCGCCGAAAGCGAGACACGGCCGCUGCUGGCGCACAUUUAG